GAUCGGACGGUCCGGAGCAAAGCCAGAGGCUGCCCCAUCCGACCCGCCUGUCUCCCGGGUACCGGCUCCGCGCGCCAGUCGCGCCGGCUGGGCCGAACAUCCAGGAUGGCGAAGCUGGGAAUGGCCCUGCGCAGCAACAGCCUCACCUUGCCCGAAAUCAGCUGCAUCCCCGACAUGUCUGGAAAAAACCGAAAGAGCAAAAGGAAGAUAUCAGAGCAGAAAAAAUCCUACAGCCUGGAAGAAUUUGUUGCCGAGGGGCACCAAAAUGAACGCAAUGCACUUUUGACUCGAUCCAAAACAUAUGAUGCAUCUGUCUCCAAAGAGAUUGAGAAGGAAACAGUUUCUGUCCAGAGAAAGGCUUCUGUCACUAAUCUGGCGAAGCAUGCCGUGAACUUCCACCGCGUCUUCAAAGAUCUCUCUGAUGAGGGGAACCUCCUGGGAACAUUUUCAUGUGCCUGGCAACGGGAGAUGCCUUAUUAUGGCCGCCUCUACAUCGCUAACACUCAUAUCUGCUUCUACUGUAGCGUGCUUCGACGGGAAGUUAAGGUUAUCAUUCCGGUGGCAAAUAUCAGUGUCCUAAAGAAGGCCAACACUGCCUUGUUGGUACCCAAUGCCAUUUGCAUCCGUACGUCUGAAGGUGAAAAGUUUCUGUUUGGCUCCAUCCGGUCACGGGAGAGUGCCUACCAGCUCCUGCGCUCUGUUUGUAAAUAUCUCAAGGACAGCAGUCAGAGUAACAGUCCAAAUGCACCUUCCAUCAGCUCAGAGCAUCUCCUGAAGGAACCCCUGAACUCUAAGGAAUUAGAUGUAGAUUACAACUCUCCAGAGAAAACAGAUGUGGCAGAUAGGAUCCAGAUACCCUACGAAGCCUCUUGCGAACAGCAACAGCAGAGGACAAAACAGCAAAAGGCAGGACAGACGAUAAAGUCAGAAAGAAACCAGAGAACUCAACGGUGCCGUUUGAACACAAUUAUACUCAUCUACCUCUUGCUGGCCGUUCUCCUACUUUGUUCUUCAGGCUACAUUGGUCUGCGUAUCAUCCAGCUGGAAGAACAGCUCACUUCCAUGGGGGCUUGGCCUGAACUGGACCUUCAACAUCAAUAUAAGGCAAGCUGAGAAAUAACCAUGUUCCGGGCAUCUAUGGAAGGUGAAGCUGAAACUGAAAUUUGGGUGACUGUUGCUCUUGCUGAUCAAAACUUAAAGGAGACACUUAAAGGAGAACUUUCCUUAGAUUUCAAUAGUCAAGAUCAACCAAGCAAGACCUACAACAUCAGUUCUGUUCAAGGUUAUUUUCCCCCCCAACUUCUCUGGAAAUAGAGGGUUUGCCCCCCCAAGAAGUAGAGAAUAUAGAAAUAUGACUUUUAAAAGACGUCUGUGCACCAGGCAAAUUUGGAGACUGACCCGCCGUGGAUCUAGAGUGUGCCUUGAAAAGCCAAAAAUUAGAAACUUUUUUACUCCCAACAUUUUCCUGUAAAAGAAGAAGGUAAAGGUGAAACACCUCUCUUUUAAGGGGACUGUGGGGGGGGGGAAAACCCCUACCUUUUCCCCUUCCUCUGAAUUUUUUUAAAGGCCAGGGAAGAUAUGCUCUAUCACCUUGCACCUGUGUAAUAUUUUUGUAAUUAGUGUAAAGGGGUGGUUUAAGAGGCUUGUGAUUUCACCGACAGCUUUAAUGCUGACUCUACCUCCAAAGUUCAGAAUAUUGGGGUGUGAUUAAUUUUUAAACAAACAAACUGUGGAGCCUCCAUGUUCAAACGUGAUCUGCCACAAAGUAGAAACUGUUAGAGCUGAGCAGAGAAAGGGCUGGCCCUUCAGAUCCUGCUUGAGGUAACCUGUUAGCAUUUCAGAUGGAGAAGAAUGGUCGUGAUCCUGAUGUGGACCUCUGAGUUCUAGAUUUAGUUACUGUUUUAAAACAUCAAGGAUUUUCCCCUUUCCCGUUCCCUUCCCUGCCCUUCCCCCCC